CUGCGGGCCAGACUCUUGGGUCGUGGGUUCGAGACCCCCCCGACUCUGGCGCUCUCCGUUGUCGGUCCCUGAGCGAUUGGCUUCAGGAACCCCGUGUUGUUCGCUAUUGGCGGUUUAAUGGAGAUAAAUGUACAAAGGGCUGAGCACUGGCCACCGUGGAAAUCAGGUGGAGGCUUCUGGACAAAUAGCCAGAAGUCAACUCAGACUUUGUACAUAGGGCAUGGCGCCAGGACCCUGCCAGGAAGUGCAGGGUCGAGGUCAGAUGUCCAGGGACAGGCCAAGUUCAUGAGGAGGCUGGGGGGGCAGGGGGCUCGCCCUGGGCUGGAGUUUGGGGAGAACAGGCAAUGGACUUCCUGGGCAAGGCUCCUGGGUGUCACUGGACAGUGGACUCUGACCCAGAAUGUGGCUAUCCUGCCCUUGGUUUUACUCAGUCCUGUCACUCGCUCCCCCGCCAUGCUGUCUCCCAGGACUGCACUCCUCUUGACUCUCCUCCUGGCUGCUGGCUUCCUGGGUCUGAGGGCUCGGAAACCCCCCAAGCGCCCGUCGCUCAUCAGCACCAUCCAGCCCAAGGCCGACUUUGACUCCUUGCAGUUUGCAGGGUCGUGGUUCCUCGUAGCCGUGGCCUCCUCCUGUCCCUUCCUGCAGGAGCAGGGCCACCAGGCUCAGGCCACCGCACUGAAGGUGGCUCCCCAGGGCACAGCCAUGGUUGUCAACACCUUCCAAAAGCUGGAUGGUAUCUGCUGGCAGGUACGGCAGCUCUAUGGAGACACAGAGGUCCCGGGCCGCUUCCUGCUCCAAGCUCGAGGUGCAAAGGGGGAGGUGCAGGUGGCCGUUGGGGAGACGGAUUACCAAAACUUCGCCAUCCUGUACCUGGAGCAGGGGCGGCGGUUGUCGGUGAAGCUGUACGGUGCGUACAUGAGGGAGCCCUGGCUCUGUGCACACUUGACCCCACCUGGGGAGCUGGGCGAGCCCAGAUGGACACACAGACCCUCCUCUCCUUCCCUCCGUCCCUCAAGGCAUCCUGAUGAUUGGGGGUCCGGGGAGGCUCCCCCUACAGAUAGGCCCAGGUGUGAGACAGGGAGGGGGCAAGAGGAGUAGGGGUCAGACAUGGCUGGGCAUGUGACCCUGUCCCCAGAGCACCCUGCCCACCCCAGUGGGUGCUCAGCACCCCAGGAGCCCUGUGUCCCACAGCCCGCUCACUCCCUGUGAACGACUUGGCCGUAAGUAAGUUUGAGCAGA